AUGAAGUCGUACUUGCUUAUUGCUCUAUUUAUCGUUGGUCUGCAGAUCUCCACCGAUGGGAUUGUAAAAGCUCAACAGCAAUAUACGUGUCCACAUUCUAACCCUCCAAUAGUUUGUCCUCACUCUGAUGUUCACAACUGUAUAGCUUAUUGUUCCUCCAAAGUCCCAAAGAAGCCCGAAUUAGUCGGUGAUGCCGGAUUUCCAUGUUUGAACACCCACCCCCGGCUAAUGUGUCCGUCUUCUUCCACUGCUUAUUGCCAGACCUUCUGCGCCAGUGCUGAAAGAGCGCAGCUCUAUCGUUUCAAAAUGGAAGGCUUGAAAGGAAGAUUUACGCCGAGGCUCGAUCAGCCGAGGGAUUUACUUCGAUAA